AUGUCGACCGCCGUCGCGCCUGCCACAGCCGCACCACUACCGUCUCCGCACAUGAACAGAGAUCCAAGUCCAAAACGGCUGGCGCCAGUGAGUUCCAGUAUCCAGUCAAGCUCCACGCCGCCUCGCGCAUCUGGUGCCUCUCGCGAUGGUUCCUCUACGAAGAGUUCACCGGCGGGAAAGAAAUUGACUUCACCAUCGUCACAAAGCGGGAGUAACCCUCCAAAGGUGAUCGUUAAGAAAGAACCGCCCUCUUCCCCUGGAAUGCAAACCCACACGCGACCCCGACCUCGAAAAUUAGACCUUUCUACAAGUCUUCCCUCUUCCGGAGGAUUAUCCGCUCGACCUCCCGGCGGCCCUAUGACAGCUCGGGAUGGGGUUACCAUGCAAGAUGUUGGACUUGCCUGCCUGUCUCCUGGAUUUCAAACGCAGGAUCCUAUCAUGAGAGAACAACUACAAAGGAGCCUAUCAGUACGAGAUCAACAGAGAUCGAUUAUUGAAUCCAGAUUACAGAAAUCAGCCAAGGAUGACGGCCCAGACGGCAUUAAACCGUCCGAAUCACACACAUUCGGUCUCCCGAAAGCUGGCUCUUCGAAGAGGAGACCUCCCCCCGGGUUGUCUAUCGUCCCCCCGUCGGCGGCGCAAUUCGCUAAUGAGCGCGUGAUUCAAUCCGCGCCAUUGCAUCAAACCUUUACAGGCCGGCAUCAAGCGCAGCCAUUAACACGCCAUGUUGUCAACCAAAGCCCUGCUCUAGGCUCAACAUCCCAUAUUCAUCAUGUCCCUGCAACCCAAACGAACAAUCGACUGCCGCCACUUUCCGACGUAUUCGGGUCGGAUGCUCUACGAGACCGGGAUACGAAUCGGGGUCCUUUUUACCAGGGCGCAACUGCUUCCAACGCUUCGCAGUCGAAUAACUUACCCCCGCUCCCAUCCCCGAGGAUGCCAGGCAGUGCUGCACAACCAUCCAACCGACCCCGAGAAUACCGUUCAGCUGAGGAGGCUGUUCAAGAAAUGUCGGGUGGACGUGAGGAGCUUCUUCCACGUAUUGUGCAUUAUGGUGGACAUCAGCCACCCACUCCACCUUCUCCACGCAUUGCGAACCCUCCUAAGUCCACCGUAUCGCACAUUGAGGCUGCGCCCUUAGCCAGUGCACAUGCUCCAGUCCAUCAAACUGCGUCAUACCCGUCUGAAACAACUUCUCGUCGUCGGCCCAGAAGUGAAUAUGAACAAGAUAAUGGCAGCCCUCCUCUGGGGCAUGGUCCUGAACCUCACCAUCGCCCUAAUCCUGUUAUGGGUCGUCCACCUAGUACCUCCUACGGCCCGUUCGGUGCUGGUCGCGAUUCCCCCGAGACACAGCGCAAGAAGAAAGAAGAAUUCUUGGCUCUCUGCUCCCGGGCAUGGGAUCUGUUCCAUUCCUAA